AUGCGUCUCCUCAUCCUCUUUCUGACGCUGCUUUCGGUUGCAGCAGGCUUCACUUUGCAAAAGACCGAUGGCACCGUGAUCGAGGUCGGCGAUGAGCCUAUGGUCAUCGACGGCAGCGACGUGAUCAUGCCUCAGGAUAUCUUCGCUAGCGCGUCCCGCGUCAAGCUCGACGGCAUCUCCGAGGCUACCGACGUCAGCACUGCAGACAUUAACCCUUUUCCGGCUGCUGUACACCUCUACGAAGGACCUUACAAGCAAGGCAGGCGAGCUAAAGCCUACCUAUGCGCUACAGGAAUGAAUGGUUGCCUCGCAGACGGCGCGUCCAUGCAGUGCUUCCAGGAUAAGGAUGCUCACGUCGCUGGAGUCGAUGCUCGUUCUGAGCGCCACUCCGACACCAGCACCGCAGACAUCGGUACCGCAGACACCAGCGCCGAAGAUCCGCACUUGCUUGCCCUAUUUGAACAACCCGAUUACCAAGGUAGCAGAAGUGUCGCCUACUCCUGCCACCAGGGCGAUAGUGGCUGUAGGGUAAUCAGGGAGGACAACCCUUGGGCUUCCUCGGUCAUUUUAACUCCGUGUCCCGACGGCUAUAACAAUAGGGACAGGCCUUUUACCUGCAAAUUAUACGAGAAUUCCAAAUGCCAAGGUAACCCGUCGUACUCGGCCCGCGAAUCCAUUGCAAAUCUUGCUACUAUCGGAUUGGAUAACAAGAUCAAGUCUGUCGACUGCUACUUCGACACGCUGCACGGCGAGUAG